AUGAUUUCUGAUACCGAGAGAAUAAAUCAUUUACAAUGGCGCAUCAAACGACUGGAAAAUCUUAUCGGAAAAUCUUCAAAAAUGAGAAUCAUCGAAACAAUUACCAAUUUAAAUGAACAAGUUCUCGAUUUUGCAAGCAAUAAUAGUCUUACGGCUAGAAAAUUAGUUUACAGAGCUGAUCAAAUCAAUCGUCUCACAAACCCGAACUUUCAACGUUAUAUUGAUGAAGAUCGGUUGGCGAUAUGUGACCUAGUUCUCGCUGAUGAAGCUCGUAUACGUAGUGUAACAGAAAAUCUCUCGGAAAUCGAAGCGUUGGCACGAGUACUCGAUGAACGAUGGUUCGCAGAAAUACCGAAAUUAUUCGCGAGUUUAAAUAGACUAUUGGUGAAGUACGAACAUAUUAAAAAUGAACAUCGACAACAUACGGAUGAAUUAAAUCACUUCUUACAGGACUACGCAGCAUUUACUUUAUUAAUGGAUGAAAAUCUCCAUCGGUAUAAAUCAAUGAUAAACGAAGAUCAUCACGUGGUUUCAAAUGAUUCCAUCGAAUAA